GAGACUACAUUUUCAGAAUCUGUGAAUACCUCAAAAUGCCCCAGAACCGACUUGUGUCCCUACUUUCCGUGAUUGGUCACAUAUGUAUCGUCCCGAGCUGCAAGGUUUAAUUUUUUGUGUGUGUGUUUUUUUAUUGUAUGUUUUAGUCAUGAUUCCCAUUCACAUCAAUUAUAUGAUUGACAGACUGCAACGGUUUGUGAUAAAAAUUUCCUUUUUGAGUUCUACUGAAGAAACAAAGUCACCUACACCUUGGAUGCCCUGGGGACUUUCCUCGAUGUGACCUUCUCAUCAUAAUGCGCACAUCCCUGCAGGUUCAACCUUUUGCAUCACUAGUCAGUAGGUAAGAUUCUCACUCAUGUCUUCACGCAUCCUUUGGGCCCCACUAAAUUUGUAGAUUAUUUCAAAUUUUCUGUGCUGAUUCUGGAGGAAAUGCUGUAGAAUCGAUGUAAAUAAGGUAAUAGAUUGGGAUAUUUUUUACCCUUUGAUCUAUAUAUAAAACAUAUAUCACAGUGAUUAUGCAUUUUUUCUUAAUGGCUGAAAGCAACACUAUGUACAUUUGGGCACUCUAGCAGUUAAUAAACAGAACUGCACGCAUCCCUCGGAAGAACAUUCUAACCUACUUCUCCAAGUUUAGGUCUAUGGCGAUUCACGCAAGUAUGUGUUACUCUGAGUCCACAGCGAUGACGACCUGAACAGGCUACAAUAGUCCAAAAUAAUUACUUAUUAUAAAUGUCUCAUAGUGAUUUUGGAUAAGAAAAACAUGGUUUUGUAGAUGAAUUUAUGAUGCACUCGCUUAUUAUAUACAUUUGGCAAAUUUUGAACACAGAAAAAGUUACAUAGUGUUGCUUUACAAAUGUUUUGUAAUCAGAGGAACUGUUACAAAUAGCCACUGUUGCCGAGCAUGUAAAAAAAAAAAAAUCAGCAAAACACACCUUUUUCACUAAAUUAAAUACAAGAAAUAAUGAUACUUUAUUGUUUUUAUUAAUAUUUACUACUUUAACAAUACAUCGUAGUAAACAGCAUAACAUGAACAUUUUUGAAUGAUGGUGCAAAUUAAUUGUUGAAUCAGUGUUGUGAACUGAUUUGCCUCCUAAUUGGCAUUUGAAAUAUAUGCUAUUAAAUAUUUCUGUCAUAACGUUUUUAUAAUCAAGGGUCAUGAUGACACAAGGACUGGUCUGCUGGCCCCUUCUGUAGGAGUUUGGCUGAAUUAAUGGGCAUAUAGUAUAUGGGUCAUUCUCUCGAAAUUAUGCCAUGUGUAUCCCCCUAUUGAUAUAACAGGAUAUUAAACUUAUUUACAUUAUUUUAUGAAUGUAGAAAACAAAACACAUUUUUCAGUAAUUUAUAAUUAUACAACACGUGAACAUGAGGCACAUUGUUGGGUGUUUAUUUUUAGGCAUCUAGCUGCAACUUUCUGAGACUAGUGGUGUGCAAAGCGGGGCUUCAUGAAACACUGAAACAGUCAAAGCAAAUGUGGCGAGGCUUCAAAACAUGUUCACACGCGUCUCUACGGUCAUUUUCAAGUAUUGCUCUGAAAAAGCAUAGGCAAUGAAUCAGUUGGCCGAAUUGACAAAUUAUAAAGUAUAUGAUAGUAAAGAUUUUUAUUUAAAUAUAUAAAUUCCUCUGCUGCAUUAACUCCACUUUUAUACUUUGCUGGGUUUAAGUUAAGAAAGAUGUGCGACUGUAUGGUUCGUUCCUGACUGUAUGGUCUCGAAACACCCCAAUGUUCUGAAUCACUUUAGUCACGUGACAUGGGUGUUUCGUAUCACACUUCGGAGCAGUGUUUCGAAACAUCUGUGCUUCGGGAUCUCGACACGGUGUUGAAACGUCAUUGUCACGUCAGCCAUCCCUAUCUGAGGCAGCAUCUUUCACACUGUACGAGUUCCUGCAAGAGCAGGGUUUCAUAAACCCAGGUAAGAAACAGUGCUAAAGAUAAGUCCAAAAAAAUGUGCUUCUAAAUUAAAAUAAAACCGUCAAACAUUGCUUUACCUAAGGUUAAAAGCAGGGUUUAUGAUGAUGAUAACCUGUGGUUAAGUGCAGUAAGAAAAGCCCUUAAGACCUAAUUCAUUCUAACUUUUAAAAUGACGGUGUUAAGUAGCGUAAAGGUGUUAAGGAGGUUUGAAAAGAAUGUGUUGAUUUUUAUUGAUCGUUCACAGAGAUGUGGCUCACCUAAGCACCUGUGAUGACGGCUGCAUGGCUCUCGCCGAACUGCUGGGCUGGAAAGAAGACUUGGAACAGAUGGUGAAGCGUGAACAUGCUUUAAUUGACGGCAAAGAUGCCAAAAAGAAAGACAAGGAAGCCAAUCAGAACUCCAAAAGCACUGGGCGGAGGCUGCAAAGAGUGACAAGACAGAACAUGAAGAGGGUUUACAUGGCAGCCCUAAUAGAUCUAUAGAAUUUAACUCCAUUUCUCAAAGCCAGGUCUGUCCUUCUCAAGUCUACAGUCGAUCACAUCUUUCUGUUUCUCUGAACUUCUGUGUCUCUCAUCUGCCUAUAAUAGCAAUACAGAUAUUAUAGAAAUAGUACAAAAUCUCACAGAGAUCAGACUGGAACAGUGAGACAGACAGACAGAUAGCAAACACUCUCGCAGAAACAUGGUGUUAUGCAUGGGCCAGGAGACGGCUUUGAUUUAAUUGUGUAACACAAUUAUGAAAAACAGGGCUAUAAAUGUUAUGUUUUAAAGUUGAUAAGCAUCACGCUUUCACUUUAUGCUUCAUCACAUAAGGUCUCAUUUUAUCCAGCAUAAAACUGAUUAUGAAGCCCAAAUUUACUACUUUAAUGCCUGCAAGUUUUUCUUUUGAAAUUUUUUUUUUGUAAUUCUCAUAAUUCAGAUUUUCUUUAAAUUAUUAGGUUAAAUUAAUUUACAGAAACAUACAAAAGGAUGUACAACAGAUGCUAUCAUUCAGUAAAUGUAUUUUCUUGCACCACAGUAAUGGGAAAUGCUAAAGUUUUAUUUUAUUAUUAUUUUAUUCUUACCAGGUUUCAUGAGAAUUAACAAUACUAAUGAUAGAUGACAAUCUUCUGUCUGAACUUGUCAAAAUAAGAUUACUUUGUACAUUUAUUUGUAGAUUUUAUUAUAAUGUUAUAUUAUUAAAAUAAUUAAUGAAUGUUUAUUUUCUCUUUCUCUUAUUAUUAUUUCUGCAGUAUAUUUACUAUUAUAAUACAUUUUUUAUUUAAUUCUCUGUUGCUUCUCUUUGGUUUGGAAUGGAUAUCUAUGCUUGUGGCUCAAUUGUGUAAGAGGAAGUUUGCCUAACAUUGUUUUACAACAUUACAAAAUAUGAUUAUCAUCAGUGAUAACCUUAUGUGAGGAAACGAGAAUUGAAAAUGAAACCUUUAAACGUUUUUUACUGUAUGUGUGCAUGUGGUGUCAUUUUUGUCAAAUUGCCUUAAAAUAGUUAUAAAAAAUAAUAGUUAAUAGACAUUCCAGCUAUACUAAAAUAUACCCAUAGUAAGUAACAGCUGUGAUGUAAAAUAACCCCAAUGGCUGUGUAUAUGACUGCAUAACACUCACAGGCCACCUACAGUCGUUGUCAAAAGGUUUGGCAGGGACAUCAAUUUUAUGUUUCGCAAAGUUUGCUGCUUAAGCUGUUGUGGUGUUCAUUCACAUUGUUUCUAGCGAUGGUUAACUCCAAAGAAACAUGCAGCCAUCAUCACUUUGCAUAAAAAUGGUCUCGUGCAAGGAAAUUGCUACAAAGAAUAUGGCACCUGAAAGAACCGGAUCAUCCAGAACUUCUAGGAGAGAGGUUUGACUGCUGUGAAGAAGUCUUUAGGACGUCCCAGAGUGUCCAGCAAGCGCAGAGUCCACCAGUACAGAGCUUGCUCAGGAAUGGCAGCGGGUUGGUAUGAGAGCAUCCGUGAGACCAAGACCUUUGGACAAUGGCCUGGUGUCAAGAAAGGAAGCAAAGAAGCCACUUCGCUUCAAGAAAUACAUAAAGGACAAACUGAAACUCUGCAGGAAGUACAAGGAAGUACAUUUUCUGAUGUAGCUCCCUUCCGACUGGGACAUCUGGAAAAUCGAUUGUUCGGAGAAGGAAAAGGUGAACGCUACCAGGAUUCUAGUGUUGUGCCAGCAGUGAAUCGUCCUGAGACCAUCUAUGUGUGGGGUUGUUUUCAACCAAGGGAGUGGGCUGUCUCAAGAAUACUGGCGUGAAUAAAAAAUGGUAUUAAAAGAUCUGGCAAAAGCGACUUCUUCCAACGAUCCAUGUUUAAUUUGAUGAUUUGUGCAUUUUCCAGCAUGGUGGAGUGCCAUGUCACAAAGCAGGGAUAGAGAAGUGGCUUGAAGAUCAUUACACUGAAAUGUUAUUAUGCCAAUAAACUUCUCAGAUCUCAAUCCCAUAGAGAAAAUGAGGUCAGUCCUCAAAAGGUUAGUGGACCAGCAGAAGCCCACAAAUCGUGAUCAACUCCGAGAACUGAUGAGGCAAGAAUGGAUCACCAUCAGUGGAUUUGGCUCAGAAGCUAAUAUCCAGCAUGCCAGAGCGAAUUGCAGAGGUUAUGAAGACAACCCCCCCCCCUUUUUGUGCUUUGGGUGUACAGCAAUAUACAAUAUAAAUGCUAUUCAUUCAUUCGAUACUGUAAAUAUCAAAUUAUAUAUUUAUUUUUAUUUAUUUAUUAUUUUGCCAAUAAAAGCUUUAACUUAUACUAUUCUCAUUGUUUUUCAAUGUCUUGUUAGCAUGUGUAUAUAGUGGUUAAAACAACCUUUGUGAUAUUUAGUACCUGAUUAUAGACAGCAUGGAAAUAUUAUAGCUCUCAAACAUUUAUUUAAACCUUUUAAUGUUAAUGUUAGAGAUGGCUAUGGGUUUAACCUUAAUUAGUCAAUGUGGAUUUUAUUGUAAGAGGAUAUUCAGUGAAUUUCUCUCUUCACUUGAACUCCGUUAUUAGCAGAUGAUGCUCUUAUACAAAGAAAAGUGGUUUAGUUUUUGGAAUGCAACUGCUGGCUUGAGUAAAAUGGAGCUGAUGUGAACUGAGCUACAUGGUACUGUUAUUAUGAAAGUAACACUUAUUUAGCUAUAUUCGUUCUGCUGUAUGUUACAUCCUACUUCUAUCACUGUGUUCAAGUUUUCACUCUGAGGUUUACCACAACCAUGAAUGUGGGUGGAGCUUUUGGUGUAAGAGACACAAAAAGCAUCAUUAACAGUACUGUUAGAGUUAUCUGCUUAAACUGAACUAUAAUGUGACUAAAAUUUGAUGCCUUGAACAUUUCAUAACAGGGGCAAGAGUGAAUCUCACUGUAGGUAACAUGACAAAGUACAGGACAUAUCUGUAAUGAGGAGUGUCAAUUACCCCACACAUAAAACUGCAGUGCAUGGAGGCAUUUGGAGCAGCUUUCAGAGAUGUUUUUUCCUUAUCUAGGAGGACAUUUUGAAGACGCCUCAUAGUUACAGCAACAUAGUUAAAAUGGAGGAGAUAAUAACCGAACAGAUUCCCUGAACAGGUCUGCUAUUCUGUUGGACCAACGAUGAUGAAAGAUGAAUUCACAACCAGUGAGAGCAGAGAAAAUCCUGCUAGCACAGUACCCAAUGGGGUCUCCAGGAAUGAAAAACAAAUCCUGACUCUGCUGCAAGGUUUACGGUUAAGUCAGGAUGCCUGGGCUCCCAAGAGCCCCUGGGACAGACAUGGGGCACAUGCCGCUCUGUGGGGCAGACCUGCUGGGAGUUUCUUGGUGGUCCAAGACUCUUCAUCUCAAGACCAACUUCUGUGUGUGUCUGUAGGGGACAGAGGGGAGCCGGUCAAAGAAUACCCCAUCUUAACCACUGGAGCAGCUCUUCACCUGAAUGCAUCUCAUCUGGCUUUCCCUGAUCUCUGUCAACUCCUGCACUUCUACACACUGAGCAGGGAUGUUUUGCCUGUCUGUUUAUUGGUUCCCUCAUGGGUUUACACCCUUAACAAUCUAUCAGCUCAUCAUGUUCCUCUGCUUGGUCCAAAGACCUGGCUGUGUCCCUCUUCAGAUCCACUGAUUACCAGUACGACUCCAGAAACACAAGGCAUAACAGAAAAGCCAAAAACAGUCAUGUGCACUAUACAGGUUACAGCUGCCAGUGGUGCCAUGUGCUUUAUCAAUCCUUUGUACCUUCAAGAGCACGGCGAUGAUUGGCUUGCUCAUCCUUCAGCCAGCCAAUUAAAUCUGCCAAUCAGGUUGAGGCGAAAAAGUACCAGGAGAGCAUGGGUAGGGAGAGGACUGAAACAGAAGUCAUCUACACUAGCUGAAGACAACUCUAGCAGUUUUGACCAUGACAGAGGAUCAUUUGAGAAGAAUCCAGAGGCCCCAGCUACCCCAGGUGGAGUUGUGCUUCGAAGGCUGAGUGGAACCAGCAAGGAGGACCCCAUAAAAAGAUCAAGUGUCGACUCCAUUAAAUGCCCUCUCCCUCAGUCACCACAUCGUGUGUCGUGGCUAGAGGACAAUAAGAUAUGGCUGAACUCAUCACUUACUUCCUCUCUGCUUCAACCACCCGGCUUAGAGCUGGACUCCCUGUCAGUCAGCAGUAUAGAGGAGGAGACUGAACAAGAGUUAAGCCCCUCCCCAUCCCCCCGGCUCCACUUGGCAGAUAAGAUGAUGAACCGUCUCUCUGCAGUGGGUCAGGCUCUAGGUGGACUUAUGUCGCCACAGCGAAGACUGAGUAAACGUGUUCAGGAGAUGGCGGAACGGAAGGGAGGGGCUUUUGCAGAGGCUGUCAGGGGAUUUGUAGAGCAAACUCUUGCAUGUGGGGCUGGUCCUGGAGUGACCUGCACCGAGAUGCUGCAGGAAGUGCGCUCAUCCCUCACUGCUCUGAAGGAAACCCUGUUUGAUUCUCCAGAGAUACAAAGCAUCACAGACAGCAUUGGAGACACUCCAGAUUUUGAGCUGGAUGCUGUUCUGGAGCUUGCCAUUCAUAAAGUAGCUCUGAAGCCAGUUUACUCUCACCUUUACGUGUGUCUAAAGACAGCUCGUAGGGAUGACGGCACUCUUCAGCGUUUAGAGGCCAACAAGAGCACCCUGGAGAACCGCAGCCUGGAGGAGCUGGAGGGUGCAUCAGGGGCCGGGGUACCUGAUUCCAGCAUGAUGGAAAAGAUCCAGCAACGCUGGACCACAAUGCAUGAGGCCUAUUCACCCAGUAAAAAAGUUGACACCCUGCUCAAAGUCUGCAAGAAUAUCUACCAUAGUAUGAAUGCUAAUGCCAAGCCAGGUACAGUUUUCGGGGCAGAUGACUUCCUGCCAUGCCUGACAUGGGUAUUGCUGCGUAGUGAUGUAGCUACACUUCAGGUUGACACUGACUACAUGAUGGAGCUGCUAGACCCCAUGCUACUACAAGGAGAGGGUGGGUAUUACCUUACAUCUCUCUACGCUGCCCUUUUUUACAUUACCAGCUUCCGACCUCGUCUAGCGAAGCGGCAACUUAGUGCAGAAGCACAGAGAUCUCUCAGCCAAUGGCACCGCAGACGCACACUGCACUGCAACCAAUCUCGGCGCAGCAGAAAUCGUAGGACCAUCCGCAGACAUGGGCCGGCUGAUGAAAGCUGUAAAACAGCCGAAGAACAGAACUCUUUGAAUGCGAGCACAGAGUCCAGCAGUCUGACUGACGUCAUGCCAACAACCUCUUACGUGCACGAACCACUCCAGGGCUUAGAUGAAGAAUUAGAGGACCCAAAGGAAGAAGAGGAAGGACAACAAAUACUGUCACCAAAGCCUUUUCACAUCACCACUCCUAAAACGGAGGGAAAAGAAAGAGCUGAUGGAGUAAGCUGGACAGAAGAUAACUAAAAACCACAUGAUUCUUAAGGGAUGAGCAAAUGGUAUGAAAUAACUAAGCUUUGAACUUAAUAGAGAUGCUUGUGAAGGCAAAGUGUGUUACUCAAAUGACGACUCAGAUCAUACAACUUAAUGAAAAGAAUACAUGCUAUUAUUUCUCUCAGCAAACAGAUUUCAGAUUUUUGCUUGUUAGAUGAUAAAAUGAUUGAAAAUACACACACACACACACACACACACACAUAUAUAUAUAUACUGAACAAAGUUAUAAAAUGCAAUACUUUUGUUUUUGCCUCCGUUUUUCAUGAGCUGAAGACUUUUUAUAUGGACACAAAAAGCCUAUUUCUCUCAAAUAUUGUUCACAAAUCUGUCUAAAUCUGUGCUAGUGAGCACUUCUCCUUUGCUGAGAAAAUCCAUCCACCUCACAGGUGUGGCAUAUAAAGAUGCUGAUUAGACGGCAUGAUUAUUGCACAAUGAAAGGCCACACUAAAAUGUGCAGUUUUAUCACACAGCACAAUGCCACAGAUAUUGCAAGUUUUGAGGGAGCCUGAAGUUGGCAUGCUGACUACAGGAAUGUCCACCGAGCUGUUGCCUGUGAACUGAAUGUUCAUUUCUCUACAAUAAGCCAUCUCCAAAGGUGUUUCAGUUAAUUUGGCAGUAAUUCCAAGCGGCCUGCAGACAAUGCAGACCUCACGUACAAGACCAUCCAGCCACCUGCAUAACAAAAAAGAUUUCUGCACAAACUAUCAAAACCAUCUCAGUUCAAGCUGAAAAUAUCACAGUUCUUUCAUGGCCAGCACUCACCGGACAUGUCACCCAUUGAGCAUGUCUGGGGUGCUCUGGAUUGGCAUGCUGUUUUAGAUUUUUGGAGAGGUGCUGUUCCGAAAGCCCCCCUGCUGGCAGAGAAUGCAUGUGCAUUUUCAAUAAGCCUGUUUUAUAGGGUGUUCCUGCAAUACUGGAGGACCUUAUUGUGUAUUAUUAUUAGCAGUAGUUGUUGUAGUAGUGACAUGUCCGGUGAGUGCUGUAUAUAGCAUAUGAAGUAAAAAAUAGUGAGUUUAUAGUACAUAAAUAUAUUUUAAAUAAUACUAGAUUACAACAUCCAGCAGGACAAUGGACUGUUUUGCACAGUUACAUAGGCUAAAUGGAGAUUGCUGACAUCGCCUCACAUAGUAAAGUUCAAGCCAGCCCUUACAUUAAAAAUAAGAUAUAGAAAAAUUAUAAAUGUACAGUUUCCAUGGAUCUUGUCUUUGCAUCUGUUUGUUUCAUGUUUGAAACAGGUAUCGUCUGUUGCAAUAGAAUUGGCUAGAUGGCGCUGUCACACACACAAAAAAAA